CGUAUCCAACUGCACACUCCUCCACCUGUUACCUUUAUGGCUGUAUGUGUCUGUCUCGUGUUUACCAUAUAAUGACAGCAGCCUCAACUAUUCCCCAUCAUCAACAGCAACAUCAAACAUCAAACAUCAAACAUCAAACAUCAAACACCAAAUUUGAGAAACUCCAAAUUCCAAUUUCCUCUGCAACAAAUCUUCCAUAACCAAUCAUUAUUUUCUUCGUGCUCUUCCAUUCCUCCACUUCCACUACAUUAACAGCAAUAACAACUAGUAGUAGUAGAUCCUGUUCUUGGCACUGCAACUAGUAGUAACAGUUCUGGGUGUCUGAAAGUGAGAAGGAUGGGUGAGAAGAACAUGCCAUUAAGCCGUAGAGCAUGGAAACUACUACGGUUAGCCUUGUGGUCACGUAAACGUGGCGUUUUCAAACGUAGGUUGAUGAUGGACAUCCGCCUCUUCCUAAGCUACAUCAAGAGCCUCUGCUACAACCCAUCACAUAGACUUGAAUCCAUCCAUUACAGGGAGCACGAGUUCUCCUUCGACGAAACCCCGAUCUUCCACUUCAGGAUGCGCCAUCCAAGCUCCAUGAGAUUCCGCAUUCCCUGUCUUAAUACCCCUUCUGUCGAUUUCGACUACGACUUCGAAGACGAUGCCCUCUGUUACAACAACCACCACCCAGAUGCUAACGGUUAUGAUAGAAAGAGUAUCUUGACGAGUGGCAACGAAAGAGAAGAAGGAGAUGAUUUGGACGAUUGCGAAUCUGAAGACGAUGCUCGGAGGAGCUCUGCAAUGGUCUCAUCCCGGGAAAAACCACAAGAAAACGACGCAGGAGAGAUUGAUCUUAAAGCAGAGGAGUUCAUUGCCAAGUUCUACGAUCAAAUGAAGUUGCAGCGCCAGAUUUCAUAUCUCCAAUACCACGACAUGCUUAGUAGAGGAACAAGUUGAAGCGUAAUCGAGACUGCUUCAUUUUCGUUCAUUUUGUUUAGGAUUUAUUCUUUUUUCAUUCAUUCAUUCUUUCUGUAAAAGAAAGGAACAGAGUUGUUAGGGUUGAGGCUUUUCCCACU